AUGGCUUACCAUACUCGCUCUAACAGCUUCCCCUCUCGGCCACACCCCAUCAUUCAAGAAGUUGAUGACCAUUUGUGCAGAUUGAGGUCUUCCGAAGCCACAUCCACAUCUUCAUCAUCAGUAAGCCACAAAUUAAGUGAUCUCCAUGACUUGCAUGAUUGCGUUGAUAGGUUGCUUCAAUUGCCUCUCACCCAACAAGCCUUAGCACAAGAGCAACAUCAGAAAUGGGCUAAUGAGCUAUUAGAUGGCUCUAUCCGCCUCUUGGAUGUCUGCAGUGUUGCCAAGGAUGCCCUAUCGCAAGCCAAGGAGUGCAUACAAGACCUUCAAUCAAUCAUUCGAAGAAGGCAUGGAGAUGAAUCUGCAGUGCUCACAAGUGAGGCUAGGAAAUACUUGACCUCCAGGAAAACGGUUAAAAAGGUACUCCACAAGGCUUUGGAGAACAUGAAGUCAACAGCAAACAGAUCCACUUUCUCUUCCCUCAGAGAUGUUGAAGCAAUCACUGUCUCCGUGUUUGAAUCAGUGCUGUCCUUCAUAUCUGGGCCAAAGUCCAGGCCUAGCAGCUGGUCAUUGGUUUCAAAGAUAGUGCAAUCAAAGAAAGUAGCUUGUGAGUUAGAAGCAAACGUAAACGAAUUUGCAGAGGUGGAUGCUGCAUUAAAGUCCCUCAAGAGUGCACACAACCAGCUUAACAAUCUGGAGUCAUGCAUUCAAGACCAAGAAGAAGGACUUGAAAGCCUAUUUAGGCAAUUGAUCAAGACUAGAGUCUCCCUUCUCAACAUCCUAAACCAUUAG